AUGAAGUUUUCCAGAUUUGUGAGCAUCCUCGUGCUAUUUGGCCUGCUUACAAAGGUCCAGGGACCUAGUCUAACUGACUUUCUGUUUCCCAGGAGAUGCCCCAGAUUCAGAGAGGAGUGUGAACACAGAGAGAGGGACCUUUGUACCAGGGACAGGGACUGCCAGAAGAGAGAGAAGUGCUGUGUCUUCAGCUGCGGAAAGAAAUGUCUAAACCCCCAACAAGAUAUUUGCAGCCUACCAAAAGACUCUGGCUACUGCAUGGCUUACUUCCCUCGCUGGUGGUAUAAUAAGAAAAACGGCACGUGCCAACUCUUCAUCUAUGGUGGUUGCCAGGGAAACAAUAACAACUUCCAGUCCCAAAGUAUAUGCCAGAAUGCCUGUGAAAAAAAAAGAUCAUGUCCGAGAGUAAGAGUGAAGUGUGAGGUUGAAGAAAGAAAUGAGUGUACGAGGCACCGACAGUGUCCGGACAAGAAGAGAUGCUGCUUCUUCAGCUGUGGGAAGAAGUGCAUGGACCUCCGGGAAGACAUAUGCAGUCUGCCACAGGAUGCUGGUCCCUGCUUGGCCUACCUUCCACGCUGGUGGUAUAAUGAAGAUACUGGCCUCUGUACCCAAUUCAUCUAUGGUGGUUGCCAAGGGAACCCCAACAACUUCCAAUCUGAAGGUAUCUGCACAGUUGUCUGCAAAAAGAAACAAAUGUCUUCCUGGAUAUGACAAGGAUGAGCUGGAAGAAACUCCAGGUCUUGGCUCCUAAUCUGAGACUUUCUUCCCGUGAGCCCAGCACAUGCUCUGGAUUGGCUGCUAGCGGCCAAGUCUCAGCCACUGAGACUUUGGCUGUUCCCAAACCAGAAUCUGCUUAUUCCCUUCCCACAAACCCAGCUGCUCCUCAGACAUCAUGACCUUCGACCUUUGACCCCCUCUCAGUCUGGGACCCUAUCACCUCAACUUUCAGGGUUCAAAUUUAUUCCUGUGUAGACUCUACUUCCUCGUAGUAAAGGAUCCUGUGAGUCCUGAUGUCUCAGAGUCUGAAUAACUCAUCUGUUGUCUGCAGGUGUUCAUAUCGGCUCACAGUUCUCUAUGUACACAACUGUCCAUUGUCCUGUGUAUGCAGAUGGGCACAUUUCAAGGAUGGACACGCUCGGCUCCAGUCACCCUAGGAAACAGAUCGUUCAGCCAGUGGAAGGGGGAUGGGAUCCUUUCCACAUCCUCUGGCAAACAGGGAAACCAGAAAAAGUGUGAGUGCUGGGCUCAAUGCAACCAUGUCUCCUGAUUGCCACUCCAUACCUGUAUGCAGAUGUUCACAUAUGUUCAUAUCCCUCUGUAUGCAUAUUUGCAUGUUAUAUAGAGGCAAGCUAUAAGGAUUACACACACACGCACACACAGAGAGUUAGAAAUAGUAUAUUCAUUAAAGUUUACGGUUAAAAAUUAAA